AUGAAGACUCACAAGAACCCUGCCUUGAAGGCUCAGAGUGGUCCGGUACGCAGUGGCCCCAAGCCAUUCUCUGCACCCAAACCCCAAACCAGCCCAUCCCCCAAACCAACCACAAAGAAGGAGCCAGCUCUACUUGAACUGGAGGGCAAGAAGUGGAGAGUGGAAAAUCAGGAGAAUGUUUCCAGCCUGGUGAUUGAUGACACAGAGCUGAAACAGGUGGUUUACAUAUACAAAUGUGUCAACACCACAUUGCAAAUCAAGGGCAAAAUUAACUCCAUUACAGUAGAUAACUGUAAGAAACUUGGUCUGGUAUUUGAUGACGUGGUGGGCAUCGUGGAGAUAAUCAAUAGUAGGGAUGUCAAAGUUCAGGUAAUGGGUAAAGUGCCAACCAUUUCCAUCAACAAAACAGAUGGCUGCCAUGCUUACUUGAGCAAGAAUUCCCUGGAUUGUGAGAUAGUCAGUGCCAAAUCGUCUGAGAUGAACGUCCUCAUUCCUACGGAAAGUGGUGACUUUAAUGAGUUUCCAGUCCCUGAGCAGUUCAAGACCCUAUGGAAUGGGCAGAAGUUGGUCACCACAGUGACAGAAAUUGCAGCGUAAGCGAAGUGCCACUGGGUUCUUUGCCCUCUCCCUUCACACCAUGGGAUAAAUCUGUAUCAAGACAGUUCUUUUCUAGAUUUCCUCUACCUUUCUGCUCUUAAACUGCUUCUCUACUCUGAGAAGCACAGCUACCUGCCUUCACUGAAAUAUACCUCAGGCUGAGAUUUGAGGUGGGAUAGCAAGUCAGUUGAUCUUGUGCAGGAAGGUGCAACCUUUCCAUAUCAGUUCAAUCACACCACCAGUCCAUUCUUAAUGAACUGCGGAGCAGGACUGGUGCCUUUCAGCUUUUGGCUUUGUGGGUGUUAUUCUACCAACAGACAGUCCUUUGAGAAGAAUAAAACAGUCCUAGGAAUUAACAGAUCAGAAUGUUCACACUAGUUAAUCUUUUUUCUGACAAUGAGCAUGAGGGCAGUAGAAGCUGGCAUUGAUUCCAGACAGUUCUUCUAACCAAACUAACUUUUCAAUGUUGACAAGUGAAGGCAAGGGUAGAACCAGAUGAAAAGCCGAGGCUUGGCCAUCUGGCGUUCCAAGCGAAUCGUUCCCUAUAAGCAUUCCUUUUAUUCUGCAUUCCAUCCUGGUCUGUUUCAACCAUGAGAUAGGAGGUUCUUUGGUACUAGCUACUGUAGCAGUGCCCUUCAUCCAGGGCUAUUAAAGGUGUCUUGGACUCUUUCUUUCUCUGGGCUCCCUGCCUAGCACCUUCCUACCUUUCCCUAAAGAUGUCUUUAAAGGAAAAACAACACAUCACUCCAAGAUGUCUGGCAUUCCUUCCUCUUUACCUGCUAGGUGCCUGUCAUCCAUCUUCACUGCCUCCUUUUCUCUGUCAUGCUCAACAACUUAACAGCUUCUGUUCAGGCACCUGAACCAGAGGACUAAAACCUCCCCUGCAGACUGGUUUUAGGUCUCAGUUGAUGUAAGAAUCUUACACAGCAUUGCUAAUAUAAAUUUCAGCCCCACCCCCACCCCGGACAAACAAUUACCAAAA